AGUAACAACUAUAAAUAAGAAAGUGAUGUGUGUUUGAAAAAUAAAAUUAAUUAGUGGGCAAGCAUUUAUAAAUACAAUACACAUAUGUAAUAUUAUCCAAAACGAUAAUAAGAUCAAAGACUCAGAUUAAUAGAUCAAUUGAGAAAAAGAGAGAGAAAUAUGGGUGAUAACAAUAGUGGAUCCCUUGAACAUACCCCAACAUGGGCUAUUUCUAUAUUUGCUUUAUUUUUCUUCUUUGUAUCUUUUGCUAUUGAUGGGGGUCUUCAUUGUCUUAACAAGUUUCUUAGGAAAAGGAAAAGAAAAUCUCUAAACAGAGCUUUGGAAAAGUUCAAGACAGAAAUGAUGAAGAUGGGAUUGAUAUCAUUGUUACUGACGGUAUCUGAAGUACCAAUAUCAAAAAUCUGUAUAAGCCAAACAUUGGUAAACUCUUUUCUCCCAUGUGAAAAUCCUUCCGAUGAGUCUGCAACAACAGCUGAAUAUGAUCAAUUAUCUAACUACAAAUCCAAUAACAGUACCACCUUCUUUACCGAUGCCAUAAGUACAAAUGAAAAUUACUGCGACUCAAAGGGGAAGGUUUCUCUGAUUUCAAGAGAUGGAGUUUUUCAGCUAAACAUUUUCGUUUCUGUAUUAGCAGUGUCUCAUGUACUAUACUGCCUUGUUACAAUGUUUCUUGGCAUGGCCAAGAUGAGGAAAUGGAAAGCGUGGGAAAGUGAGACUCAAACUCUCGAAUAUCAAAUAGCAAAUGAUCCAAGGAGGUUCCAGUAUAGUGAUGAAACCACAUUUGGGAAACGACAUUUGAAGUUCUGGAGUAAAUACCCUGUUUUGCUUGGCCCAGUUUGCUUGGUGCGACAGUUCAUUGGCUCAGCAAUCUCAAAAGCCGACUACUUCACUCUUCGGAAUGGGUUCAUUACGGCAAACUUUGCUGAAGGCAGCAACUUCAAUUUCCAAAAAUUUCUUGCCAGAGCUUAUGAUAAUGAUUUUGAACAAGUGGUUGGAGUCAGAUUGUGGAUCUGGAUUUUCAGCAUUCUAUUCAUAUUCUUCAGCGCCCAUGUGUUUUACAAUCAUUACUGGUUACCUUUCAUUCCUCUAGGGAUUGCUCUGAUGGUGGGAGCAAAGCUGCAAGUCAUAAUAACCAAAAUGUGUGUGGAGACUCACAAGGAAAAUCCUGUCAUUCGUGGAAGUUUCAUUGUGAAACCAAACGAUGAUCUUUUCUGGUUUGGUCGACCCCAUUGGCUUCUUCAUCUCAUCCAAUUCAUCUUAAUCCAGAACUCGUUUCAGCUAGCAUUCUUCACUUGGACAUGGUUCGAGUAUGGGCAAAAAUCAUGUUUUCAUCGCGAAACAGAAGACUUGACAAUCACAAUUUCCAUGGGAGUUAUUGUGCAGUUACUUUGUGGUUAUGUCACCUUACCUCUCUAUGCACUAGUUACUCAGAUGGGCUCAGGCAUGAAGAGAGCAGUUUUCACAGAGAGUGUGGCGAAGGGUCUGCGGAGGUGGCUGAAGAACGCAAGAAGAAAUGCUUGGAAGAACAGCUCCACUUCCAGUCCAAGACGGUCGUCGAUUUCGUUGCAGUCGGACACGACUGACGCGUCCGUUUCUGAGGAACAAAUUAUGUACAAACACAUUCGUUCUAGGUCUGCAGAAAUCACAGAAGCGGAAACAACAACAACAACGACUACGACGACGACAACUACCACUCCAUGCGAGCUGAUGGUGGUGACUGAUCACAUAGAAGAAGAAGAAGAAGAAGAAAUGAAUCAUAGUAAUAAUAAUGAUAAUCCGAAGAUGGUCACCAGAGGAAUCUAUGACGGUGAGAUCUCAUUCGGAAGUAGCUGGAAGAAAGUGGAAAUUAGACAGGACAGUGGAGAAAUUACUUCCAUAGCUGAGGAAGAAGAUGCCUCUGUUAUGUUUUGACUCAACCUAAAUUUCAGAUGAUCAAUAUAAAAGAAUGUAAUUAAUUUAUAGUAUAUUAUCAUAUAUACAUUAUGUCCACACACAACAAAUAUAUACUACCAUAAAUAUUUAUAUAAAUAUUGUUGUGAUAAUAUUAUCACUCGAAUCGA